AUGAAUCUGCAAACUCUUUUUCAAGAUUUUAAUCCCAGCAAGUUUUUAGUUCACACAUGCUUGAUGAUAUUCACAGCAUUAUUUGCCUUAAGACUGGAUGGUGUUAUACAAUGGAGUUACUGGACUGUUUUUGCUCCUAUUUGGUUUUGGAAAUUUAUGGUGAUAGCUGGAGCAACUGUCGGAAGUUACGUUUGGUGGAGAUGUCCACAUUUUAGGUUAGAGGGUGAAGCCUAUGUUCAUUAUAAAGCAAUGCUUAUAAGUUUAGCUCUGCAUCUCAUAUUACUAAUGUUUGAUUUGCUAGUCUGUGAUAAAUUAGAAAGUGGAAGGCAUCUUUGGAUUCUUGUUUUCAUACCUCUUAUUUUCAUAUCUAUAGUGUCAAUUGCAGUUAGUAUUUGGGCUGUUAAACAUGACAGGUCAUUUGAGUUGGAGCUUUUUUGCUCUGUAAAUAUUCUUCAGUUUAUAUUUCUCGCUCUCAGACUGGAUGGUUUUAUUUCCUGGAGUUGGGAAGUUGUUUUCGUACCCUUGUGGAUAAUAAUGUGCCUGAGUUUAGUAGGAGUAGUUUAUAGCAUAAUAUUUGCAGGAAUAUUGUUAACAACAGCACAAGUGAAUCCUCAACAAAGGAGAACUUCAUUUAAUUCAGCUCUAAGUUACACAAUACUUGCCAUACCGAUCCUUAUAUUUCAAGUUUUACUUGCCAACAAACUAGAUGGUGAUAUAGACCUGAGUUAUUGUGGCGUGGUAUCACCUUUAUUUCUCAGUUACAUAACAUUAAUUUUAAUGUCGUUUGGAGCCAAAGGAGGAAAUAAAUGGUGGUUUGGAAUAAGAAAAGACUUUUGUCAAUUUUUACUUAGUUUAUGUCCAUUUUUACAAGAAUAUGCAAACAUUGCAUAUUCAGCACAAGAUACUUCGAUAAACACAAAUGAUAACACAAUCGAUGCCAUCAUUAAUCAGGAAAAAGAAAAAUCAAUAAAAAAAACGGAUUUCGGAAAAACAGUCGUUCCUAUCGUAUCGAUAGACAUGCCGGAUUGA